AUGGCUGAUGCUCGGGCUCCGGAGCAGAAGUGGCUUGAGGCUGCCCAGGACUUCAUCCAAGAGACCCUGUGUCCACUGGGCAAGGAGCCCAACAUCCAGUUGACUCAGUUGGUAAUUGAGUGUGUGAAGACAGUCUGGUUGUCCCAGGGAAGCAACCCAGCUCUUACACUGCCCCUCAGCUACAGCUUUGUCUCAGUAAAGAACCUCAAGACCCAUCAGCGUCUCCCAUGCUGCAGCCAUCUGUCCUGGAGCAGCAGUACAUAUCAGGCCUGGACUCGAGAAGCUGAGCCAGAUAAAGCGUUACCCCGAGAGCAACUGUUACUCAUAGGCACACUGACAGAUCUAUCAGGGGACUCAGAACAAGCGUACAGGGAUGGAAGCCUCUAUGUGAGAGAUAACACUGGUGUCCUGGGCUGUGAGCUCAUAGAUCUGGAGCUUUCUUGGUUGGGUCAUCUCUUCCUCUUUCCCAGUUGGAGUUACCUCCCUCCUGCCAGUUGGAAAUCCUCAAGGGAAGGCCACUUGGAACUCUGGGGUGCCCCUGUGUCAGUGUUCCCCUUGACUAUCAGUCCUGGCCCUGCACCUCCUAUUCCAGUCCUAUACCCAGAGAAUGCCUCCUGCCUGCUCAGACACAGAAGCAAGCUCAGAGUUGUGCAGCCAAACCUGGCUGGUAAGCUGGUUCGGUUGAGUGCUUUGGUGAACAGUCGCAGGAAAGCUUAUUUUGUCCUGUCUCUUGGUGGUUCACCUCCAUCUGUUAGCCAUGUGUCCAUUGUCGUGCAGAUCCCCGCCCAGCUGGUGUGGCGCCAGGCUCUUUGGCCUGGUCGGUCUUAUGUGCUUACCGAGCUGCGAAUAUCCAAGAUCCGUGAUUACCACCACCUUGUCUGGACAACCAGUCCCUCCUCUCGCCUGUUGCUGCUAAAACCAGAAUGUGUGCGGAAAUUGGAGCUGGAGCUGGAAGAACCCCUAGUGGAGACUGACCCUACUCCCCUCCCCGUGCCCAGCGACUCUCAGGACAGGAAAGGAAAAAGAGGCCUGAUCCGGGACUCCAGUCUCCUGUCUUAUGUGGGCACAGUCACCAAUGUACUGAAUGAACUUGCUGGCCUCUAUGAGCUGGAUGGGCAGCUGGGGCUGUGUGUUGCCUACCAGCAAUGCCAAGUCUUCCGGCGGGUGCUGCGACCAGGAGUCUCUCUAGAGCUGCAGGAUGUUCACCUUCUCCAGUCAGUGGGUGGAGGAACACGAAGGCCAGUGCUAGCUGUCUGCCUCAGUGGCGCCAUCCUGGUUCGGGGCUUCUCUUGUCAAAAGCCCAAGGCUCAGUUAUCCCACCAUGGGGCCUCUCUGUAUGAGCAACUGGUAUGGGAACGUCAGUUAGGACUGCCCCUCUACCUGUGGGCUGCCAAGACCCUGGAGGAAGUGACUUGCAAGCUGUGUCCCCAUGUGCUGAGACAUAACCAGCUCCUGCAGCAUUCAUCUCCUGAGAACCCCAGCCUGGGAAUGCUGCUCCUGGCUCCAAUCCUGGAAGUUCUGAUGCUGCCAGGCAGCCCCAUUCGGAAUGCCCACAAGGAGAUACUGGAAGAGCCACAUCACUGUCCCCUCCAGAAAUACGUUCGACUUCAGACUCCCUUCUCUUUCCCGGCUCUGGCCUCUUUGAAAGAGGAAGGGCAGUCCAGGGCCUGGGCCUCUUUUGAUCCUGCAGCCCUUCUGCCCCUCCCUGAGGCUUUCCACCUCCCCAGCUGUCAGCUCAAUCACCGGCUGGCCUGGUCCUGGCUCUGCCUGCUGUCCUCUGUCUUCCGUCCAGCCCAGGUUUUGCUUGGGGUUCUAACUGCUUCCUCUCAUAAAGGCUGUCUGCAACUUCAAGACCUGAGUGGUUCCUUGCCAUGCCUGCUCCUGGCCAGGGACUCAAAACCCAUCACAGACCCUCGGCUCAUAGGCUGCCUAGUUCAGACCGAGAAGUUCCAGUUGGUUGUAGAGAGGGAUGUCAGAAGCAACUUCCCAUCCUGGAGGGAGCUGAGCAUGACUGGCUUCAUCCAAAGGCAGCAGGCCAGAGUCUAUGUCCAAGUCUUCCUGGAUGAUGCCCUAAUUCUGCCUGUGUCCAGACCUCUCCGUCACUCAGCCACUUCUUUAAGGCUACGUCGGACAGAACCUACCCACCCAGACACACCUCACAUAAGACAGAGCCGGCUGUUCUUGCUGUUCCACAAAGAGGCCCUGAUGAAGCGGAACUUUUGUGCCCCUCCAGGAGCUAGCCUGAAGGUGCCCAAGCCCACCUUCAGUUUCUAUGUGUCGGGAAGCUGGCUUGGGGGCACCCAGAGGAAGGAGGGGACUGAAUGGGGCCCACCUGAACCCCAGGGAGAUGAGAACAAGGAUCAGAAGAUUCUCCUCAUCUUCUUUGGCUCUUCAGUCCGCUGGUUUGAAUUCUUGCACCCAGGGCAAGUGUACCGAGUUGUGGCUUCAGGACCCCCUACACCAACACUGUUCAAGGAGGGCGGCCCAUCCUGUGCAUCUCAGCGGCCUAUGGAGCUGGCUGGCUGUGCGUCCUGCCUCACUAUCCAGGAUGAGUGGACCCUGGAGCUUGGGUGCUCCGGUGACAUCCCAGAUGUGCCAGAUACAAACAAGGCGCUUCCUGAAUCCUCCCUGAGUGACAUCCUCGCUGACAACUUCACAGAUGCCUUGGUGUCUUUCUCAGCUGAAAUUUUGUCACGGACACUAUGCAAGCCACUUCUAGCCCCGCUCCAGACAAAGCCAGAGAGCAUUGGAGCUUCUAGGAGGUGUGUGAAGCUGACCGUCGCUCUGCAGACAAAUGCCUGUGAGUUCCGCCCUCACCUGAGCAUAUACAUCGAGGACCCACACCUGCCUCCGCCGCUCGGACUCCUCCCUGGAGCUCGCGUCUAUUUUAAACAGCUGGAGAAGAGGCUUUCCAGAUCCCACAAUGUUUACUGUUGUUUCCGGUCAUCCACUUAUGUGCAGGUCCUGAGCUUCCCCCCAGAGGCCACCAUCAGCGCCCACUUGCCCCACAUCUAUUUGGCUGAACUCUUGCAGGCUCACCAGGCCCCAUUCCAGGCUAUUGCCUCUUGUCACAUCGUUUCUGUCUUCAGCCUUCAGCUCUGCUGGGUGUGUACUCACUGUACCAGCCUCUGUACCCAGGGGAGGUGCACUCAACAAGGCUCCUCCUGCCCUACCCAGACUUCUGUGAGCCAGGCCAGCCUCAGGCUCCUGGUAGAAGAUGGGACUGCUGAAGCUGUGGUGAACUGUAGGGAUCAUCAUGUGGCAGCAGCACUAGGACUGUGUCCUAGUGAGUGGACCGCCCUCCUCGAGUGUGUCCGAGGGCCAGGAAAAGUGGUCUUGCAUUUUACAGGGCCUGGAGCCCAGCUGGAGUCGUCAGCCAAGACUGAUAGGCCUUUGACCCUCUUCCUUUGGACACUCUGUAACAGCCUCUCUGUUUUCCGUCCUAUUACACUUGCUUUUGAGCUUCAGAGGAAACCUUCCAAGACCCUCCCACUAGAACCUCCUCAGCUAAAGCGUUUCCAUUGUGGGGACCUCCCUCUCCUGACACGUGUGAAUCCCAGACUUCAGCUGUCAUGUCUUUCUAUUCAGGAGCCAGAAAACUUCAACUCUCUGGGGGUCUUUGCCUCUUCUUGUUAG